UUUUUUAUUAUUUUUUCUGAGCGAGGGGCGUGGGGGAGCGCUCCUGGGGGCACGCUCUCCUCCAUUGUCACGUUGAGGGAUGCACACCGAAGGAUCCCGCCGCUCUGAAGUUCGGCCCCGCGUAAAUAACGCCCGCGGCGCGGUUUGUGCGCUGUGCGGGUGGCGGGAGGCGACGGGAGUCGGUGUGGAAGUGGCGGCGCGGGUGGGAACCCCCUCCCGCCUUUGCCGCCGCCCCUCAGGGUGAGCGGGGGGUGGGUGGCCCUGUCGGGGGCUUCUGGCAGGAUCUGGGUCACUGCCUGGGUGGAGAAAUGCCACGAAGGACUCCUCGGAUAGGGACUGGUCGUCUGUGUUACUUACAUCGCGGAGUACUGAAGAAAUGUUCCCGUAAAGCUGUUGUUUUGGGAGCCUAAAGCCUACAGUGCCUAUCAACGUGGAAAUUAAGAUUGCCUUCAUGACCUUGACUCUGUUUCCUAUCCGACUCUUCUUUGCUGCUUUUAUGAUGUUACUGGCCUGGCCUUUCGCGUUCAUUGCUUCAAUGGGAUGUGAGGAGCAAGAGCUUGAAAAGCCCCUCUCCUGGUGGCGAAAGAUAGUGGAUGUUCUGCUGAAAGCAAUCAUGAGAAUGAUGUGGCUUGCUGGUGGAUUCCACUGGAUAAAUGUAAAAGGCAGACGAGCGUUGCCAGCAGAAGCAGCAAUAUUAACAGUGGCUCCCCAUUCUUCUUACUUUGAUGCCAUUCCAGUAACUAUGACCUUCGCCUCUAUUGUGAUGAAAGCAGAAAGCAAAGAUAUUCCUGUCUGGGGAACUCUCAUCAAGUAUAUCCGACCAGUAUUUGUAUCUCGGUCAGACCAGGAUUCUCGCAGGAAAACUGUUGAAGAGAUAAAGAGACGUGCUCAGUCUGGUAAAUGGCCUCAGAUAAUGAUAUUCCCAGAGGGCACAUGCACAAACCGAUCCUGUCUAAUUACAUUCAAGCCUGGAGCAUUUAUUCCUGGAGUUCCUGUACAGCCAGUGGUUUUACGUUACCCAAACAAACUGGACACGAUCACAUGGACGUGGCAAGGUCCAGGAGCGUUAGAAAUUCUGUGGCUUACUUUGUGUCAGUUUCACAAUUCUGUGGAAAUUGAGUUUCUUCCUGUGUAUAUUCCUUCAGAAGAAGAAAGAAAAAAUCCAGUGUUGUAUGCCAAUAACGUCAGACGUAUAAUGGCAGAAGCGUUGGGAGUUCCAGUGACAGACUAUACAUUUGAAGACUGUCAGCUAGCUUUGGCUGAAGGACAACUUCGUCUGCCUUCAGACACAUGUCUUCUAGAAUUUGCAAAGCUUGUGAGAAGCCUUGGGCUGAAGCCAGAAACACUUGAGGAUGAUCUUGAUAAAUAUGCUACGCGUGCUAUGAAAAUGAAAAAAGAGAAGACUGAUCUUAAAGAAUUUUCAGCAUAUUUGGAAUUUCCAGCUUCUCACACGUUAGAAAGCAUGUUUGCCCUUUUUGAUGAGAAUGAAGAUGGCAUAAUUGAUGUUCGAGAAUUUGUCAUUGCUCUGUCAGUUGUCUGUAAGCCAUCCAAAACUCUGGAAACAAUCCAACUGGCAUUUCAGCUAUACCAGUCAGAAAAUGGUACUAUAACAGAAGAUGAUUUAGCUCAUAUUCUGAAGACUGCUAUGGGUGUGUCACAGAUUAAUGUUACACAUCUUUUUAGAGCUGUAGACGAAGAAGAAAAAGGAAAGAUUACAUAUGAUGACUUCUACAGAUUUGCUGAACUGCAGCCACACUUCGCAGAAGACUAUCUCUACCCUGAUCAGAUGGUAGCUGAGAGUGGUUUGGAGACUUCAUCUCUUUCUGCUCCAAAUGGUAUCUGUACUGACUUCAGCCCUGAAAAUGCUGAAGAUAAAAACAAGCCCCUGCAGAAGAAAUGGAACUAACACUACAACUGUUAUCUUCCUCUCCUGAUAAUGCAUGCCAGGCUGGCAGGGGUGCUACAGAUUGGCAGGCAAGAUUUAAACUGAAACUGAUCAAGAGAAAUCAUAGGCACAACUUGAAGUUAAGACACAAGAAACUACACUUAAAUGUGAGUCCUCAGGUACACAGAGGGAGUUGGGGAUUACGGCGUAAAAGAUCUUGAGACAGGGAUGGUGCUGAGCAUUACUAACUGAAUACAAUUAACUGACUGCUGCAGAAAAGACGUUCAUCAUAGUGGGAUGCAUAAACACUUGUAGCCUGUGAGAAGCGUGGUGGUUUUUGUGUUACCAAGAAUUGAUAAGGCCAUACAUAAAGCAUCUGUCUGUUUUGGGGCACUUAAGAAAGAUGAGGAGUGGCUGGAUGGAGAAAGAAGGAAAGAAAAUCUUUAUUGAAGAUGUUGAAAGAGUCAUUUAAUCCAGGGAAAGAGACUGGAGGAAGGUAUGAAACCAGUCUUCAAAUAUGGAAAAGUUGCAGAAAGGAAGAUCAGAAUCUUUACUCCACAUUCAUGGUAGAAAUGGGGUAUUCAUAUAAAAUUCAGUAUAAACAUUAGGAAAACUGCCUUACAGUACUUCCAGUUAAGAUGUGGAGUGGGUAUUCUAGGUGGGAUGAGGAGCCUUCCUUCGCUGGAGGUUUUGAAAACAGAACAGAUAGCAAAGACAAAGACACUGUUGAUUUUGUUGAUCGUAACCCCAAGGUUGUAGGGAUAGAUCUCCUGAGGUCUAUUUUCUGUGAUUAUAUAUUGUGUAUUUUAGUCAGUAUGCAAGGCAAGGUAGAUGAGCUGUAGAGUCUGAGCAUAUCGCAUCCCGUCUGCAAGACUUUGAACAAUGCUUGGCUCAAGAUAGCUUUCUCUAAGAUAGUUAUCUUCUUCUUUGUUAUGUGAGCUUGGGAAUUAGAGAAUUUCCAAGUGCAGGGGAUGAGACAGGGUUCCCUGACACACUAGUCUGAAAAGAAGAAAAGCUUAGUAUCCCAUGGACAACCUUAGUGAGAGAAGCUCCAGCAAAAAUAAAAAUUAAAACUACUCGUUCCACGUCUGUGGAAAAAAAAACAGAAAAACAUCUGUGAAAAAAAACUGUGAAAAAGUUGUCUCAAUACGAGAAUGUCUACUUUCUAUGUAUGGUGCUUAGGGUUCAAAAAGGCAGAGUUAAUUUGGUCUCUCCUCUCUGGUGAGGGAGAUAUUUUCCAGUUGUGGUGAACAUAAGAACUGCGUGUGAGUGCAGCUAAGCUGUUGCAGAGUAUUUGGGUUUGAAGGGUGCUGCAGCCUGUGAUAGAUGGCCCUUCAACAAAUGCAACACUGGAUGGUGAAGAUGGGCUGAGAACUGCAUGCAUCAGUAAGCUCUAUCCAGAGCUGCUGUUGAAAAAAGCCUGGUGAGCAGCAUCUUGCUUAGUGAGCAAGCAGCCAGCUUCUGUAAUGACUUGCAUUUACUCCUUCUUUUGUGAGAUUGAUCUAGGUAGAGAAAUAAGAUGAAUAAGACAUGAAGACCUGAUCAGUCUGCGUGAAGACAUUGUUAGAUUUCACAUAAUUUCACAAAAUGUCAUUAAAAACUGAGUAUCCAGGGGAUUUCAGCAUCUAGAGUAUUCAAGGUGACUGCCUUGUAGUGACAGAAAAUCCACUUCAGUGUAGGGGGUAAACUCAGACUUUGUUGUGGGUUGAGAUCUGCAGUGCACUGCAUUACUGCAACAGCGUUCACUACAAUUUGCCCAUCAAACUCAACAAUUAAAUGUUUUAGUGGUUGCACACAAAUGUGUCCAACUGUGGAGCAGCUGGGUUGUGACACUCUCAGUAGCUUGCUGCACUGCAAGGACAGAAGUGAAAGCUUCCUUUCCCAUUCAAUAACAUGUAAGUGCUUUCAACUAAAGCCUUACAAAUUUUACAAACCUUAAAUUUACAGGGAAACAUAUAUCAGUGUCUUUUACAGCAAUUUGAUAAGUGAUCCUUCAUAAAAAAAAAAAUACAGGGGUGUGAAGACAUGACAUUUGUCUGAUGUGUGUUUUGCUGCUUUUGUCAAAUAUUGCCAUCCCUUGCCAGCCGAGCUCUUGCAUCAGAUGAAUUUCUAUGUAUUGUAUGAGAGAUGCUCAGUCAAAGCUUUGUUAUUCUGAUAUGGUUGAGCAAGUAUACUAUGUGCUUUGAAUGUACUUAACACAGACAACAAUGAAAUCCAAGGUAUCUGAAAAGUGUUUUGGUUUUUGUUGCUUCAUUUGUUUUUUUUCAAUUAUAAUUAAAAAAGAACACAAUUAUAAAUGGAAACAAAAGUUUAGGAGGUACAAAGCAUAUUUAAACCACUGUCUCUGCAACAGAAAGGCAGAGUUCUACUACGGAUUUUUCAUGAGUCCAGUGCAGUAAGUAGCUAACAUUUAAAAGGUGUUAUAGGCAAAUUGUGAUCCUAAAUGGAGAAAUUAGUUGUAGACUUAAUUUUACACCUGUUAAUUUACACUACGUAUUUCAGUGUAUUUACUAUAGCUAGAAUCCUCUUACUAUGAUAAAAAAGUAACCAGACCCUUGUGUGUUUGCUAAUCCUGAUUUGAAGGUUUAAAACCUUAGGUCAUGAAGCUUACUUGAAAAGGAGAUAUGUGCACUAAGGAAGUGAUGCAGUCUCUUUAGAGGAAAAGCCACAGGAAGUAAAUAGUUGUUUUGCACAUAACUGUUUAUUAAUAUUUUCAAGCAAACUGAAUAGACUUGUUAGCUAGUUAAAGUGGGACGCUUGGAAAAUGUCUUUAUUCAUAAUGUGUAGUAAGCCUUUUGCUGGAAAAGGGAUUGUUGCACUUUAACACUUACAUAAUUUGAUAAAUUUUCCGAAGAUAUCUUUAUUUAAUUUCUGCAUUCCUUUAUCAGGCUGUGUUUUGUUGUUAAAUGAAUUUUCCUAUACUAUUUUAUCAUGUGUUAAGUACAGCUUUUCAUAUUAACAGUUCUGCUCACUGCUCCGUCAGAACCAGUAUUUUGAUUAAAAAAAAAAUUUAGAGAAAGGACUUAAAGAAUAAAAGUUGCAGACCUGAGUAGCAUCUGCUGUAGAUUUUAUGAUCUCAGAAACUAUGUAAGCACAGCGUUGUGUAUAUUUGAGAUUUGAACAAGGAAAGAAAUGUAUCAUGGACUUAAAAACAAACAAAAGAAACCUCUGAUCAACUCAGAUUAAUUUUCCUUUACGUUCAACUACUGCAUUCUGCUUGAUCUGAAACCUCUGAUUUUUUUUUCUAGCAGCUCUUUCAGGAGUGUUCUGUAAUUAAGCCCAGAUGUUACAAAUAUGUUGGCCAUCUUUGCAUUAGCAAAACUGAACUUUGGCUCCUAAACUCAGUGAAACACUGAAGUUCUCUGAACAAAGCCUUGUUGGUGAUUUGUUAAUUUUCAGGUACUGAACUUCAGCUAGUAUGGCUAGUUUUCUUACAUAAAAAUAGGAAGAGUAGGUCCAACAAUUUGAAAAUGAACUUAAGAAUUAAUAAUCUGUGACUUUGUUCAAUCAGUCAGUCAAGUGAAACCUCAAGAUCUGGUUCAUAGAUGAGCAGAAGACUGAAAUAGUCAUUUGCGUAAUUUUGCUUUCCAGGACAUGUUCGUACAGCUGGCAGUUAAGUCAGCCAUUCUUCAGUCAAAGGUUGAUGUCCUGGAGGUACUGCAGCCUCCUCUAAGUAAUGCCCAAGUCACUAGCAGCACAGCCAACAAUAUUUCAGUGGUUCUCCCUCUUUUCCCUAUGAAGACCAGAAAAAAAGUACUCUGUUACGGGAACCCUGAAAGACAUCCUUAAAGGUAAAAUUCUCCAGCAUCUCCCCAAAGGAACAAGAGCAGUCGUUCUGUGCUAUAGCUAAGGCAGUGAACUGGGUAUGCAAGUUAAUCGCUAACACUCUGAUCCAAAUGGGCAUGUAUUAUUUAGUACUGAGGUAUAACUGCAGAGAAUACAGCAGCAAAGAGAACGUGCCUGGAUUUGCAUCUGUUAGUAUUUCAUCUCAUAUUGGUCAAGUUAGGACAGCUCCUUUCUCUAGGAAACUUCUCAGGUUUAUUUCAAGGUAAUUAUUAUUAUGUUUUAUGAGUGGAGGAAUGUUGUUUUGUAGAAGAUAGCUUCUUUUUCCCCCAGACGUUACGAUGUGCUUCAUCGUGUGUAAUGGUACUAAAUAAAAGUGGGUGAUGCUGAGAAAGCAGGUUUAAAAGAUUUUUUUAAAAAUGGAGGGUUCACCAUUUCUGUGAAAAACAGUGAGACCUUUUGCAACAAUUGAUAGUCUGUCUACAUUGCCUUGCAGGCUCUAGGCAAAAUAAUUUUACUACUUACAUGAUGGCAAAGGCUGCUCAUACUGUUUUCUUUUGCAAAGUGGCAUAGUGAGUUCUCCUGUGCAGGCUAAUCUCAGAAGGCCACCUGUAACUGGUAAAGGGGUGUCUAACAGUGGAGAUAAAACAGCAGAAUCACCUCCGUACAGAUGACAUGAAAGUUAUUCUGAAAGGAAUAAUUCUGAAAGGAAUUGAAAAAUUAAUUCGGGGGCAGAGAGGGUGUUGGUUCAUUUAAUUCGAAGGGGGUGAGUUAGUGCUUUUUUUUGGUCUUUUUUUUUUUUAAACAAUGUAUUUGUUGUGCUGCUUGAUGCUGAGCAGAUGUUUGCAUGGGGCUGUAUGAACAGUCCAGCUCACUUGAGGUUACCUUGCGGAUCUUGAGAAAGGUGUUGUACAAUGUUUGGUGGAUGUAGUGUUAAGCUUCAGUUUUUUCACUUUGACUAAAAAAGGUUAGAAGCAAGAGAAGUCAUAAUGACUUCUGGAAUAUUCUGAUAUUAUGAGUAGGUGUUACUAGAGAGUGCCAAUCCAGAGCCAAAGAAUGUGUUCUAGAAAAAUCAGGCUGAACUUCCACUCCCGAACCAAAAAAGCAGUAAAGUCAUUAAGGCUAGCAUAGCAGGAAAGCUCUCACUGUACAGUUGGCCUAUCCUACAGUAAAGAAGGGUAUUUUCCGUCUCUUGGGCUGGUGAAUUUAUGUCUCUGUAUCUCUAGCAGUCGACUGUGCUGUCUUGUUCUUUGUAGAUUGGCUGCAGCCUGAGGGAGACCUCACUGCCUCUUAAGAGACAUUCUCAGACCGCUUUUACUGGCCAGUAAGGCACAGGUGAACAUUAAAGUUGUAUUGUUGUAAUACUACCCAAAACGAAGGUCCCCUGCACUGCUUUAGCUUGUGGCUGCCUUUAGAUAAAGAAUUGUUUUUUCUUUUCUCCCACUUAAACCACUGCAGGUGCGUCCAGGUGACAGCAAGUUUGUGUUCGAGAUGCAUAAGUGUUUCUGUGAACAAUAAGAAAUUAGAUUUAGAAAUACAAUACAGUGACAUCUUCAUUUGGAUUGAUUUCUGACUUUGUUGCUCUUAGUGUGUGCCUGUUUAAUUCCAAGUUCAGAAUGCAGUAUGUAUAAAUGCGUCAGUAAACCAGUUCUCCUCGUGGAUACUGAAAGAAAGCUGAAACUCAGACACUUUUCAUCCUACCAUGGUACUGGAAAGGAAAUUCAUCUGAUAGUUCAUUUCUAUGAAUGUAUAUGGGGAAAACCCAAAUACACGUCUUUUAUUCGCUACCCCACAUGAAGACAAUUUUGUAGUUUAAAUGCUGAAGAAAUAAACUUGUAAAAUCUUGUACGCCCUCAGUAUGUAUUUUUGUCCUAUGUUUUCUUUUAUAGUAAAGUUUAAGCUAAAUAUUUCUUAUAUUUCUGAAAGGAAAUUUAGUUUAGCCACUGUUGUACUUUCCAGACUACAAAAGCAGUUUUUAAGUAAACAUCUAAAAGCGAAAUUGUAUUUUUAAGAAGGUGGAUUACGAUCCCUUAAAAUAAACAUCUCUCCUUAGCAAUUGUAUAUACUUAGACAAAAAAAGCAAAUCAAUUGCAGCUGCUUGUCUAUAUAGUUAGUUGUAUUGGUGAUUUGUUUAUAUUGUUUACUGUGAUUGCUCUACGGGUAUUAAGAGCUAUGUGUAAACCACUAAUGUUAGAAAUAGAAGUCCGAAGUAAAUCUCUUUAGAAGUGAUAGAUUUUGUAUCCUGGAGGAGGACCAAGACUAAGCAUCUGCUAACUUUUUAUUCUGCUCUGUGUAACUUCAAUGUCCUGGCAUUGUGUUGAAAAUAUUUGGCAUCUGUUCAAUGGGACCACUUUUUAAGCCUUUUUGUAAUUCCCAACAUCUAUCCAGGUGUGCAAGAUGUCUCUAAUUUGAUUGCAGGUACAAGUUCAUCCUUUGGUGGUUUUUUUUUUUUGAAGAAUAAAAUUCAGUAUAAACAAGCUGAGAAAUAAUUCAGAGACAAGAGUUCUUGAUCUCUUGAAUUAUUGUUAGGCGUGCAUUGAGGACAUUGCUUAUACAUUUUCAAAAGUAUGGCUAUGUUUCUGGACACACUUGAGCAUUUAAAUGCAAAAGUAAGUUGACCUUAUAAAUGAUCACAUUUUCUCUUACCAUUACUGAAUUCAAGUUAGACACUGCCAUGAAGAGGAUGCUUUUAGUUGAAAACCUGUGCUGAUAGAGCAGGAAGUUUGGUUUUGUAGGAACUCGCUUGCAAGGUAGAAGGUGCUUGUUCCAUCAGUGGUACAAUUUCUGUUGACUUCAAGGCUGCUCAAGCAUUCUUGCCCUGCUUAAAUGUGCGUAUUGGCUGCAGGCUUUUUCUUAUAGCCCUUGGAUGUGCAGUGUAAAUCUGCAACAAUAUAAAGCGCUACUCAAUAAUAAUAACCUGAAUGCAUUUUUGUGCUGUAUAUUUCCCCCCUAUGGCUCCGAAGGUAUGUGUAUAUAGGCUGUCUUUGCACUGAACUGACUGUACUUCAUAACUGAAAAGCAAAAGCAAGUAGUGUUCUAAAGAUGAUUGUAGUUUGUGGUUCCAGAAAUGGAAAUACUUUUGCAGGAUGUGAAGUAUAGCUUCAGUGUUACAAAUUCGAUUUUUAUAUUUUUUAUUAAUAUGCAUGGAAGACUAGGGAUGAUAUUUUCUAAAAAUGAACUUGGUUUUGUACAUUUUUCAAUGGCUAAAACUAUAUGGUUUAACAUUACCUCUGAAAUACCGCUACCAGUAAAUUCUUAAAGGAAAUACCUCAACUUGAGCGUUCUUUUUUCUUGCUAGUUGUCUGGUAGGUUGAAACGGACUAUGGUGUGUGAUGAACUAACUGAGCGAAACAGCAAUGACGUAGAAGCUUCACCUGUGCUGUAAGUCGUGUGAUUUACUGGAAGGGAUCCAAAUGAUACACUCCAAGUGUUGAUGUGCAGUGUACAAUCAUGGCUCGUUCUGCCCGCCUGGACGUUUUCCUUAUGACUGGCUUGUAAAUUGAAUUUUCAUCGUGAAGCCAAAUUAAAAAUGAAGGAGAAAAUG